AUGACUCAUGAUUUUAUAUCUGGUAGCUGUGAUGAGGGUGGAUUAUUAUCUUCAUCUUUAGCUAAUGAGAAUAACAAUCAAGAUUUUGAUAUUGUGAUGUCUUUAGGUGAAAUUAAUUCACAAGAUGAAUUGAUAUUAACAAAAGCUAAAGGUUUUGUUUUGAUUAAAUGGAAUAAUACAAAAUUAGCUCAUUUACCCUACGAUAAUGAUCUUCGUUGUAUUAAUGGUUUUAAAAUGAAGCAAGAUUAUUAUUCGAAAGAUGGUUCAGUAUUAUGGUCUUUUUUAGAUGAUACUGGACGUUGUACAUCAGUUGAUAGUGCUGCUAUAAAACUUCAACCAUUGAUUAAAAAUUUUGAAUUUGAUUUUAAUAAUAAAUUUCAACAAAGCUUAUUAGAAUUAUCCAAUGAUUAUCAUAAUAAUGAUAAUACACAAAAGAAAAGAAAAAAUAUUUUUCAAGAAGUUUAUUUUCAUGUUAGAAAAUGUUUACUAAAUGUUAAUCCAAAACUAUUUGAAAUGGACACGUUUGAUAAUGUAUUUCGUUUAUUAAGUACUUUCUAUGGUUUUGGUUAUAUUUCAAAAAAUCAAAAAUUAACUAUUAAUGCAUUAAUUGAUUUUUAUUCUAAACAUAAACAUUUAACAAAUGUAAAACGUUCUCAUCAUAUAAUGGAAGAAAUUAUUCAAAUAUUUUCAAUAUAUGAUAUUGAUGUUGUUUUAGCAUUAAAACUAAACUUUUGGCCUGAUAAUGUACAACCAUUUUUAAAACGUUUAGAACGUCGAAGAGGAGAUUUAUAUGAGAAAAUUCGAAAUGAACAUAUGCACGUGAUACCAAGAUAUUCAAAAGAGAACAAUGAUAAGAAUAUUAAAGAAUGUGAAUUUCGUUAUUCAUUUUCGGCUGUUGAAUGUUUAUUAGCAAAAUUAAGAACACCAAAUGAAAAAAUAUUAAACACAAUAGCAAGAAAGAAGGAUAAUCCAGAUGACAUACCAAAAAUUUGGAUUGAUUAUAUUUGUAGUUUGCUUAAUCAACGUACGUGUGAACAUUAUUUUUUAGAAAACGUCAAUAUAUUCGACUCAUAUCCAGUAAAAUUAUUAGAUGAAACAAUUGAGAUAUUACAGAACAGUGUGAAUAGUCAAACGAGAGAAUGUAAAAUAAUAAAAUCAAUAGCAGAUGUUGGUAUUAAAUUCUAUCAACUUGCAAAAGAGAUGAUUGAUAAAUCUAAAGUGAAAGAUAUUAUUUGUGUAUUAAAUGAUUAUCAGAAAUUAAACCGAGAAUGGUUUCAAAAGGAAACAUUGGAAAGGAAUGAUCUAAGAGACAUAUUUAUCAUGUUAAAUUCAUUUGCCAUAUUUGAUGGCGAAGAAAAAAAUAAUUGGCUAACAUCGAAGUUGGCUAACAUGGUCGUAACGAUCGUUCCGUCGGUAACAAAUCAAUGUCAAUCAUAUGUUUGGAACGUUCGAGACGAAAAUGAUAAAGUCAAUGUUACUCUUUAUUAUGAAACACUUUGUCCCUUUUGUCGACAAUUCAUAUCAGCACAAGUUUCCCCAGCAUAUCAAACAAUUCUUGAUAUUAUUAACAUCACUCUUGUUCCCUAUGGAAAUGCACAUGAAACAUAUCAACCAGAAACUCAACUCUAUCAAUAUGUUUGUCAACAUGGUGCUGAUGAAUGUUUAGGAAAUCUUAUUCAUGGAUUCAUCAACUGUACUGAAUCGUCCACUGGUGACAUGAAAAGUGUUGCUAUUCAAUGUGCAGAGAAGACCAAAAUUAAUUAUACUACAAUCGAUGCAUGUACAAAAAGUAAAUUGGGUAAUCAAUUACAGCAUGCAUACGCUGUCCAAACAGAAAAUCUUCAACCACCACAUAAAUAUGUACCAUGGAUAACAAUCAAUGAUCAGCAUACAGAAGAUAUGCAAGAGCAAGCACAAAAAGAUUUAAUCAAAUUUGUGUGUCAAACAUAUAAGGUAUUUUUCAAAAAAUAA